AUGAAUGACGGUUCGAGAGGGUGCUCGGCAUUCGCUCUGAAAAUCACCAAUGUCAGGCCAGAACUCGCCCUUCACAAGAACAAAGUUGACCUAACCCUGGAUGCUGCGAUCAUGGUUCAGACAAAUAGGCCGAAUCAGACAGCAUCAUGCGUUUAUGCUAGAACAAAGUCGGUGAAGGAUUUUGCUUGCACUCAAUUCAUGAAGGACUACAGAAACUAUUACUUCCGACAAGACGUCCCAGCAUCGCCGAGCACACUACCCCGAGACCUCGACAGAAUUCGGCCAGAGGCAAACUUAUGGGGUAUUGGCGCAAUCAUGUGGAGCCUAACGACUCCAGAAGAAGUUGAGAUCCUUAGACAGAGAGUGAAUGACAUUCUACCUGGGACUCGUCCAGCGUAUCGUACUUUCAACGGCCACGAUGUCAUUGAGCGAGCCCUUGCCAAGUCAAAGAUCGUUAUAGCCCUGAGCCCGACAAUCUUACCCGACUAUGCACGAGAUCGGAACUAG